AUGGCUGAAACGCUGCCUCCGCCUCCUCCGGCAAACAUAGAAUCUCUGUCCAACUCAGUCCAAGAACUGUCCAAGAAAGGCUACAAUGAAGUACCGCAAAGAUAUAUCCAUAAAGAAGUUAGCAGUACUGGAGGGAUCAUCUGUGCCUCAGCUCCAUUAUUAGAUGUUCCAUCAAUUGAUCUGAGCCUUCUGAUCUCGCCAUCGCCCGCCGGAGUCGAGGAGCUCAAGAAACUUCAGUCAGCUCUCAAUUAUUGUGGUUGCUUUCAGGCAACAAAUCAUGGAAUGUCCAAUAUAUAUUUGGACAAAGUGAGACAACUGAGCAAAGAAUUCUUUGCACUUCCAAUGGAAGAGAAGCAGAAAUAUGGAAGAUCAGCUGAUGACCUUGAUGGAUAUGGAACUGAUUCAGUACUUUCAGAACAUCAAAUUCUUGAUUGGACGGAUCGGUUGUAUCUUACUAUAAGCCCUGAAGAUAAGAAAAGGCUCGAGUUUUGGCCUGAAAAUCCUCAAAGUCUUCAGGGGGUUUUGGAAGAAUACGUAAUGAAGUUAAAAACCUUGAAUGAGUUUCUUCUCAAGGCCAUGGCAAGAUCACUAAACUUGGAGGAGAAUUGCUUUCUCCAACAGUACGGCGAAAGUGAAAGCGCGGCAAUCAUAGCGAGAUUCAACUUCUACCCAACUUGUCCGAGGCCUGAUCUCACACUUGGCGUUAAACCUCACGCCGAUGCCUCAGCCAUCACUUUCCUGUUACAAGACAGAGAAGUUGAAGGCCUUCAAGUGUUGAAAGAUGAUCAAUGGUUUAGAGUCCCAGUUGUUCCUUACUCUAUUCUUGUUAAUGUUGGAGAUCAAGUUGAGAUAAUGAGCAAUGGAAUAUUUAAGAGCCCUGUGCAUAGGGUGGUUACUAAUUCAGAGAGGGAGAGAAAUACACUGGCUGUGUUUUUUAUACCGGGAUCAGAAAUGGAGAUUUGUCCUGUGGAGAAACUCAUCAAUGAGGAAAACCCAAGAAUGUACAAGACAAUUAAAGAUUAUGUCAGUAUAUAUUUUCAAAAUUACCAGCUGGGAAAGAGACCUAUUGAUGCAGCAAAGGUAUAA